AUGGCUGAAGAGUGUGGGGAUUCAUACGGUUGUUACCCUUUAACAAGAGGGGAACAACAGGGAAUAACGAUUGGUGAUGAGGAGACGGAAGAAUUGCGGGCAAAGGGUUCUAAGUGCUUGGUGGGUAGAUUGGGUGUUCCCAAAAAACUCAACAAGGAGGCUUUUAAAUCCCUUCUACUGCGAAUAUGGAGGACAACAGGAAGAGUAUUCUUUAAGGAAAUACAAGAUAAUUUGUGGAUGUUCGAGUUUGCUGAUGAUAGUGAUCGUAAACGUGUCCUAGAGGGACAUCCAUGGUGCUAUGAGCGGACGUUGCUCAUAUUGAAUGAGUUUGAUGGGAAAACACCCCCAUCCCAGAUGGAGUUUACCUCUACCCCGAUUUGGGUCCAAAUCCAUGAUAUGCCAUUGGGGUGUAUGAAUCGUAGGGUUGGACUAAAGAUUGGAGGAUCGAUGGGGAAAGUGGAGGAUGUGGCUAUCGCGGAAGAUGAUGUGGGAUGGGGAAGAUGCUUACGGGUUCGAGUGUUCAUCAACCUCUAUCAACCUCUGGACCGUGGACGUUCAUUGAUGUUGACGGGGAAAACCUGUUGGGUAACUUUCAAAUAUGAAAAGUUACCAAGGUUUUGUUUCAAGUGUGGCUGUAUCCUCCAUGACCAAAUAGGAUGUACUGUCCAGUUGGGAAAGAAACAGAACCAUGCAGAAGAGGAAGCUUUUCGGGGUUUUAGUACACUGGAGGACAAUAGAGAAGUGGGGUCUCCACCACGGGCAGUGGCGGCAAAGGGUGGGGAACCCAAAUCAAAAGCAAAUCCCAAAAAGGAAAGGCGCCAUGCAGGGGAGGAUGAUGUUGUAACGGCUAUUCCGGAGCAAAAUUUUGGGGAUUCCCAGGAUACAAAACGGCCAAGCAACAAUGACGGGGCUACCCAGGAAAGGAAAACAGAUGAGGACGGAAAAUCUAGAUAUGGAAGGGGAGAGGAGAUCCUAGGUAACCGAAAAAGAAAGAAUCAUGUGGAGUCGGGGAUAAUUAAAGAGAUAUAUAAUGUGGUUUCAAAUUCAAAUAAAGUGAAUAAGGCUUCUUCCAUUCAGGAGCGGAACCCUAGUCCAAGGCCCAAUGCAGAAAGGGCCCAAAAAACAAGCAGGUCGAAAGGGGAAUAUCGGGCCUUUAGUGAAGUAAAGGUGACAAGGAAGCCCAAGUAUGAGGAGAAGCCAACCAAAGCCCUGGUUGUAAAGGGCAUACACUCCUCCGUUGAGCCAUCUCUAGAGGUUUCCGAGUCAAAGGAGACUUGUCUUGGCAGAUUGACUUUGAAGACUAGUGAUGAUUGUCGUACUGCCAGAGAGCAAAAAUCUAUUAUCCCAGAGGAAGUAGAAUCGCCCAGCGACGAAGGAAGACCAUGGAAGAGACAACGGAGAAAUCUGUCAGAUUCUCAUAUGACAGAGGGUCCUUCCAAUGCUCACAGUGCAUCGGAGGUUCCUAAGGAGGGUCGGUUGUUUGCCAAGGAUACGAGGUAUGAGCCGAAUGUCUCUAAGGGUACCAGUGAAGUGGCGGAGGCUGCAAAGCAGCCCCGCCGCUCAUCAUGA